CGUGCAGCGAGCUCGCGACUCCGCCGGCUUCCGGUGGGGGCUGCCCGCGCGUGCGCGCCGGGCCCCUGGCUGGUUCUCUGCCGUGACCGGCGCUUGGUAUUGGCGGGCGGUUGGCGUCUCCUGUGUCUGCAGCUGGCGGCGGGCUUUUCAAAUUCCUUUGGGGAGAGUGGCGACGGCGCGACCGUUGGCGUCGGCGAUGGAGGGGAGGACGCAGUGGGGGCGCGCGCUCGGCCGGGCCGGGCUUUCGGCCCCGCAGGACUGCAGCCUUCAAGAGAAAAUAGACUUAGAAAUUCGAAUUCGAGAAGGAAUAUGGAAACUCCUUUCCCUGAGCACUCAGAAAGACCAGGUUUUACGUGCAGUUAAGAAUCUCAUGGUGUGCAAUGCUCGAAUAAUGGCUUAUACCUCUGAGCUACAGAAAUUAGGAGAGCAGAUUGCAAAUCCAGCUGGACAAUGUGACGUGCAUUUUGAAAGUAAAGAACGAACGGCCUGUAAAGGAAAGCUGGCCAUAUCAGAUAUUCGAAUACCACUAAUGUGGAAAGACUCAGAUCACUUCAACAACAAAGAACAAUCAGAGCGCUAUGCCAUUUUCUGUUUGUUCAAAAUGGGAGCUGAAGUUUUUGAUACUGAUGUGCUGAUCGUGGAUAAAACAAUUACAGAUAUAUGUUUUGAAAAUAUAACGAUAUUUAAUGAAGCCAGCCCAGACUUUAAAAUAAAGGUAGAAGUAUAUAGUUGCUGUACAGAAGAAUCUUCCAUAACCAACACACCAAAGAAGCUAGCUAAGAAACUGAAGACAUCCAUAAGUAAAGCUGCAGGAAAGAAAAUAGCCUCAGCACUUCAAGGCGAGAAUCAUGAAACGUGCUUGUUCUUCAGUUCUUCCCUUUUUGGUGUAAAGUAUCAUUUGCUGGCUUAUACUACCCUAACCUUGGAAAAUGCUGAGGAUAGCUUCAAGACUCAUAAUCUGCUUAUUAAUGGAAAUGAGGAGUCUUCAUUUUGGCUUCCCUUGUAUGGCAACAUGUGCUGCCGGCUAGUUGCCCAGCCUGCUUGCAUGGCUGAGGAUGCCUUUGCAGGAUUUCUUAAUCAGCAGCAAGUGAUAGAAGAUCUAAGUGUUUGGAGAAGGCUGUAUUGUGUUUUGAGAGGGGGUAAACUAUAUUGCUUUUAUAGUCCAGAAGAGAUUGAAGCUAAAGAGGAACCAACCUUGGUAGUGCCCAUUCAUAAGGAAACCAGAAUUCGGGCAAUGGACAAAGAUGACAAAAACAGGGUCCAUAACUUCUCCGUCAUUAACCCUCUGGCUGGACAAGCCGUGACUCAUAUCUUUGCAGUUGACAGUAGAACAGACCUUCACAAGUGGAUGGAAGCGUUCUGGCAACAUUUCUUUGACCUUAGCCAAUGGAAGCAUUGUUGUGAAGAACUUAUGAAAAUUGAGAUUCUGUCACCACGGAAACCACCUUUGUUCUUGACAAAAGAAGCAACCUCAGUCUACCAUGAUAUGAGCAUUGAUUCACCUGUGAAACUUGAAAGUUUAACUGACAUAAUUCAAAAAAAAAUUGAAGAAACAAAUGGGCAGUUCCUACUCAGUCAGGAUGAAGAGGUCUCCCCACCUCCUUGGGCAUCAAUAUUUGAUGGCAGUCACAAGAUGAAUGUCCAGAAAAAGGUGUUGUCUCCUGCGGUCAAGCAGUUAAAUGACGAGAAAAGGAAAAAGAGACGCGCUCCCCUCCCUCCUCCUGACAAACCUCCAUUCAGCUUGAACACGCAGAGCAGCGCAGAUCAGCCGGCUGAGGACGACAGGGGCGGUGCAGGUCCAUCCCAGGCCUGGCCUCUGGACGGCAGCCCAGCAGCCCGGCAACAGGCCUUACAGAAACCGGUUGCCGCUCCUCGAAAACUUCUGCCUGCCAGGAAAAAUAGUUCCUCUGACGGUGUGCACACAGGCACUCAAACCAGUUUUGAAACUAAGCCAGUGCCAGCCCCAAGGCAGAGAUCCAUCAGAGGCGUUUUGGACCCCAGGUCGUGGUUGCAGGCCCCAGGGUAGGAAGCCCUCGCAGUGCACAGCCCUGAGCAGGUGCUGCUGGGAGGCUAAUUCAGAGGCCUGGGACGGUGUAAUGUGUGGAGCUCUUUAGGUAAAUGCGGUAGCAACUUGCAUAAAGAAUAAGCUGUUAGGUACAGAAAAAAAUUGUGUAAUGAAAUAGAUUUUAAUUUCUAUUAGGGUGUAAGUGAUUUUCCCCAUAGAGUAUAAGAGGCAGUUUCUAGACAAUAUCCUAAUUGUUGGAAGGGUUAAUUUAUUCCUAAACUAGUACCAAGCAGUGAAUGAGCACUAAACAGAAGAAACCAUUAACAUUACUUUCGGGGAGAGACUGUCUAGUAAUUUAAAAUGUGUUACAUGUGAGCCAUAUUCUCAUUGUGAGAAUGUAAAUACUAAUGGAAUGUUUCAAAGCUUUUAUUCAAGCCACAAAUCAUAGAAUCCACCCAAGAAAACUUUCUUCUUAGCGUUCUGGAAUUCUCAUCUGACAGCUCACUGGCUGUCCUCUAUUGUUUAACUUACCAGUUUAUGGGCUUGACCUUUUAGAUUCCUGGGACAAAUUUUGAAAUAUUAAACUGUGUUUUCAAGAGAA